AUGGCUGGGGUAGCACUGCCGCUCUCCUUCCCCCACUUUGACCAAAUGCCUGCCCUGGAAAUUGAGCCAUCUAAGUGUUUGAGGUUGGAGAUCUUGGGUCUCUUGGUCACAGUUCCUGAAUCUGAGAUGCCACCCGUAAGAGAAGAAACCCAUACGGACAGUGCAGAGCCAAGAGCUCUUCAGUCACUGAACCCCGUUUUCACAGGUCCGCUGGAUGAACUUCGUCCCCUACAAUGCUUGUCAGGCCGGCAACGCCUCGAUGGGCUCCUCAAACCCGUCAUUACCCAGGAAAAGGAAACCGUGGUCGAGCCAGAGGAGGCCGGGGCAAUUGCAGUCAUUACCGGAGGCCGCACCAGCCGGGGAGGCCGCACCAGCCGGGGAGGCCGCACCAGCCGGGGAGGCCGCACCAGCCGGGGAGGCCGCACCAGCCGGGGAGGCCGCACCAGCCGGGGAGGCCGCACCAGCCGGGGAGGCCGCACCAGCCGGGGAGGCCGCACCAGCCGGGGAGCCCGGGAGGCCCUACCAGCCCGGAAGGCCGCAGCAGCCCGGGAGGCCCCACCAGCCCCGAAAGCCGCAGCAGCCCGGGAGGUCCCACCAGCCCGGGAGGCCGCAGCAGCCCAGAAAGCCCCACCAGCCCGGGAGGCCCCACCAGCCGGGAAGGCCGCAGCAGCCCGGGAGGCCCCACCAGCCCGGAAGGCCCCACCAGCCCUGAAAGCCUCAGCAGCCCAGGAGGCCCCACCAGCCUGGGAGGCAGCACCAACUCCCGAACCAUUUCCAGCCUUGACUCCAGCUCGAACACCAAGUUCAACUUCAAGAUUGCCUCAGACACCAUCAACACUCCAGAAUGUGAUGUGGACAGACGUGGUUCGUAGGACUAGUUCAGAAACAUCGACUCGGAGAAAUGGACAGGCUCAGUCAGAAACACACCCUCGUGGACCUACACUCAGUAGUCAUGGAGAACCAAGUGAAGCAGAAGGAGCUGCUGAGCAGGGAGCAUCAGCAUUUCCAGAAGGAAGGGGUGAAGUCUCAGUCAGAAGUAAGAGGCCAUUGCAGAGGAAGAAACGACCUGGUGCACAGAAUCCUCAUGACCUUGGUGUGAAUACUAGGCAACAACUACAUCAUUUCAUAGAGUCCAAAAGAGGUACUUCAGGAAGGAAAGUCUUCUUGAAGACAAACCAUUUCCGCCUGACAUCGCUUCCCCAAUGGGCACUGUACCAGUACCAUGUUGACUUCAACCCACAGAUGGAUUCUAGAAAACUCCGUUCAACUUUACUUGACAUGCAAAAAGCACAUCUAGGAAGUCGUUAUUCUUUUGAUGGGACAAUAUUAUAUUUACUCCACAGACUACAAAACAAGGUUACUGAGCUGUUCAGUCAGACAGACAGCGGAGAGAACGUGAGAAUAACUAUCACUUUAACCAAUGAACUCUCACCUAAUUCACCAACUUGCUUACAGUUUUACAAUGUUAUUUUCAAAAGACUUUUGAAUACCAUGAAGUUCGUACAAAUUGGACGCAAUUUUUAUGACAUUUGCAGUGGAGCAAUUUUUAUUUUGUCUGACAGGUUGAGUAUUUGUCCAGGUUUCAUUACUUCUAUUCUUCAGUAUGAGAAUAACAUUAUGCUGUGUACUGAUGUAAGUCAUAAAGUUGUCCGAAAUGAUACUGUAUUAGACUUAAUACAUCACUUUGAGCGUCGUAGGAAAUCCAGAUCCCUAGAAAGCAUUAUGACAGAACUACUAGGACAGAUUGUUUAUACCAAACACAAUAAUAGGACAUACAGAAUUGAUGACAUUGACUGGAGUCAGAAUCCAAGAAGCACCUUUAAAAAAGAUGGCUCUGAUAUCAGCUUCUUAAACUACUAUAGAGAGCAAUAUGGAGCAAAAAUCACAGACUUGAGACAGCCAGUCUUGGUCAGCCUUCCCAAGCGGAAAAAAGGGCCUGAUGGAAGACCCACAGGCCCUGUUCUGCUUAUUCCUGAACUCUGUAACCUCACAGGUCUAACACCCGCAAUGAGAAAGGAUCCUAAUGUUACCACGGACAUAGCUAAGAAUACAAGACUGUCACCUGGAAAAAGAUAUGAGACGCUCAAAAAACUCAUCAACAAUAUUCAUAUAAAUACUGAUGUCCAGAGAGAGCUUCAGGAAUGGGGUUUGGGCUUUGACCGAGAACCGUUGUCUGUCCCUGGAAGGGUUUUGCCUGUGCAGAUACUGAAUGAAGGUAACAAGAAACCCGAGCUCCCUUCAAAACUAAAGUGCUACCUCCUUCUUGCUUUCUGUUCUCACUUCCUAACCCCCAGAUGUCGAGUGAAAGAUAACAAGGAAGAUUAUCUUCGAGCCUUGAAGGACUAUGUUACACCAAAGACUCAAAUUGUUGUUUGUCUGCUGUCCAUGAACCAAAAACCCACGUAUGAUGCUAUAAAAAAACACCUCUGUAUUGAGUGCCCAGUUCCAAGUCAGUGCAUACUAGACGAAACUUUAAAUAAAUCCCAAAUUAUCCAGGGAAUUGCUACCAAAUUGGCCCUACAAAUGAACUGCAAGAUUGGAGGACAUCUUUGGAAGAUUUCUGUCCCUUUCCCAGAUGCUAUGUUUGUUGGAAUUGAUUGUUAUCAUGACACUUCAUCGAAACUUAAAUCAGUCGCAGGAUUUGUUGCUAGCAUGGAUUCAUCAUUGACUAAGUGGUACUCUUGCUGUUGCCUUCAAAAACCAGGGCAGGAAUUUUUAGACGGUCUCAACAUUUGCUUGGAAAAUGCAUUAAAGGCCUGGAGAAAUAACAACCAACACUGCCCAUUUCCUAAGCAUAUUUUUAUCUAUCGGGAUGGCGUAGGAGAUGGUCAACUUCAAGCCAUGCUGAAUUAUGAAGUACCACAGAUAUUGCGAUGUCUAAAUUCAAUUGAAAAUUAUUCUUACAAACUUAUAAUCAUCAUUGUGAAGAAACGAAUGAAUGCCAGAUUUUUUUUAGUUCAAAAUGGACAGCUUACUAAUCCAUGUCCUGGGACAGUCAUUGAUGCGGAGGUUACCAGACCCGAAUGGUAUGACUUCUUUAUCAUAAGCCAGUCUGUAGGGACAGGUACCGUGACACCGACACAUUAUAACAUAAUCUUUGAUAAUACUGACAUAACUCCUGACAAAAUACAAUGCUUAACUUACAAGCUAUGCUACAUGUAUUAUAACUGGACAGGUGUCAUUCGAGUCCCAGCUCCAUGCCAGUAUGCCCACAAACUGGCUUUCCUGGUUGGCCAGAGUAUUCACGAACGUCCCAAUACCCAACUGUCAGAUCGUCUUUAUUACCUUUAA